UUUCAUAAGAGGUAGCACCUGACUGUUAACUUCAUAUAACAGUCCACACAGUACAGCUGUCAAAGACCAGCAUGACACCCAGUCUGAAUUCAUUAGGGGGGAAAGUGGGAUGAGCUUUUACAAUUUUAUCAUGGACACGACCAAUUUCAUGCUUGAUUAUGUAUCUACGGACUAUGCAAACUACACGGAUGAUAACCAAACGUACAUGGAUAUGUCUCACAAUGUACAUGAAUUUUGCUCUGGAGAGAUUCUGUGCAUGUUGCUGCUGGUUGUGAAUGUGAUCAUCAUUGUACUGGGGGUUGUGGGAAAUGGUGUGGUGAUCUGGAUCGCAGGUUUAAAGAUGAAGAAAACGGUCAACACCACCUGGUACCUCAGCCUGGCCAUUUCUGACUUCAUAUUCUGUGCCACCUUGCCCUUCAACACCUUUUACCUAGCCACAUCUGACUGGAUCUUUGGACUUUUCAUGUGCAGGUUCACCUCCUUCGUGAUGUUCCUCAACAUGUUCAGCAGCAUCUUUCUUCUCGUCAUCAUCAGUGUGGAUCGCUGCAUGACUGUCAUGUUCCCUGUUUGGGCACAGAAUCAGCGUACCAUAAGGAAGGCUUCAUUGAUAGUCCUUCUUGCAUGGGUUUUAUCAGUGUCCUUGAGUAUCCCGUCCACUAUUUUCCGUGACAUUCAGCACCACCUAGGCAGAACCCGGUGCCACAAUAAUUACUUUAGCCAGGACAGCCACAAAUCUAUAGCCAUCUGCCGGUUUAUUUUUGGGUUCAUUAUACCUUUCCUGGUCAUCAUUGUCUGCUACUCAGUCAUUAUAUUCAAGCUGAGAAGCAACCAGAUGGCGAAGUCCACAAAGCCGUUCAAAAUCAUGACUGCUCUCAUCGGGACUUUCUUCAUCUGCUGGCUGCCAUACCACACAUUUGUGCUGGUUGAACUGAACCAGAGCCUCCCCAAUGACAUCAUAGCCUUCGGGCUCAAGAUCGGAACCGCAGUUGCUUCAGCUAACAGUUUCCUCAACCCAGUUCUCUAUGUCUUCAUGGGCAAUAAUUUCAGGCAGAAGUUUAGGAACUCCAUCUUGUCUAAGAUUGAGAAUGCAAUUGGAGAAGAAAGGCCAAGUUCAUGUACGAGGUCGAAGAGGCCAAGCCAAGUUCCUGUCUGAGGUCGAAAAAAAGGCCUCUCAAGUCAAAUUCCUGUCUGAGGUCGAAGAGACAUCCUCUCAAGCCAAGAUCCUGUCCGAGGUCAAAAAAGAGCCUCUCAAGUCAAGUUUCUGUCCAAGGUCGAAGAGACGGCUUCCCAGGUCAAGUUUCUGAAUCCGAUGUCACGACCAACCAAGUUAUGCUCACGCCAGAGUCUGUUGACACGACCAACCAAAUUAUGUUCACGCCAGAGUCUGUUGACACGACCGAUCAAGUUCUCCUCAUGCCUGAAGUCGACAUCACGACCAACCAAGUUAUGCUCACACCAGGGUUUGUUGAUAUGACCAACCAAGAUCUCCUUAUGCCUGAAACUGACGUCACAACCAACCAAGCUAUGCUCACACCAGAGUGUGUUGACAUGACCAAACAAAAUCUCUUCAUGCCUGAAACCAACAUCACAACCAACCAGGUUCUGCCCACACCUGAAGCCGACGUCAGGACCAACCAGGUUCUGCUUACGCCUGAAGCCGAUGCCAGGACCAACCAGGUUCUGCUCAUGCCUGAAGCUGAUGUCACGAUCAACCAGUUCUGCUCACGCCUGAAGCCGACAUCAUGAACAACCAAGGUCUGCUCACGCCCAAGUCUGCUGACACAGCCAACCAAGUUCAGCCUGCAGAGUCGAUGGGGGAUGAUGCUCCGCUUUCCUGCUCCGCUGAGGAUGCCGCUCAGUCUCCCGGUUCAGCUGAAAAUAUUUUGCCCAGAGGGCCAGGACCGCCAGGGGAGGGUUCUGUCAUAUCACAUCAAACCAAUGACUACAAUUCCCAUCCUGCACUGCGGCCUACAAACAUGGCCGUCAUGGACCACAAUUCCACAACGCCUUCAUUCUAAUCACGAACUCCUGCAUCCAAUUUACACGCACAAUCACAACACACAUAUAACAAACUGUUCAAACACUUAGCCUUUGUGAAGUAUUAUGCUCAAUUGCUUAAUCUCUGUCAUUAUUCCAAGCCUCUGUUGACCUCGAUUCUCUGCCUUGCCUAGUUUAGCCUGUUUGCCUGAUUGUUUGACCUUUGCCUGCCUAUGUACAUUGAUUUCUGCCUGAUCCUUUACCUCUUGUUGUUUGAUUAAUCUGCCUUACCUGCACUUG